AUGCGCGCCCUUAUCCAACCCACCCCAACCUCCCCCUCCUCCGCCCUAAUCCUAACAACAGACAACCCCAUCCCCACAGCGGACUCCACCACAAUCGAGCACCUCAUCCGCGUCCACGCCUGCUCCCCCUGCGCCAACGAACUCAACUGGUCCACCUACGUGGACCUCCCCGCCCUCCGCGCCCUGAUUCCUUGCCCCGACGUCGCCGGCACGGUCGUGACCGCGCCGCCAGACUCGCCCUUCCAGCCGGGCGACGCCGUCUACGCCCGCACGAACUACAUGCGGCCCGGUAAUGCGCGCGACUACACUAUUGCCCUGAUAAACGAGCUCGCGCGCAAGCCGGCAUCCCUGAGCUGGGCGGAGGCCGCCGCCGUGCCGGUGUCGGCGCUGACGGCGUGGCAGAUUCUGUUCGUGCAGGCGGGGGUGGUGGUUGAGCUUGAGGCGGGGCUCGAGGCGGCGAGGGCUCAGUGGAGUGGGAAGCGCAUGCUGGUGACGGCUGCGGCUGGGGGCGUUGGCUUGUGGGUGGUGCAGCUGGCGCGGCUGCUGGGGGCGGAGGUCAUCGGGACGUGUGGGAAUGCGCAAAGCGAGGCGCUGGUGCGGGAGAUGGGUGCCGAGGUGCUGAACUAUCGGACGACGGAUUUCCGGCGCUGGGCGGAAGACGAUGCGAAUAGGGUCGAUGUCGUGGUCGAUAAUGUGGGCGGGUCGGCGCUGCGGGAUGCCUGGUGGGCUGUGAGGGACGGGGGCGUCGUGCUCAGUAUCGUUCAGCAGCCGGGGCUGGCGCGACCGCAGGAGUGCUUGGUGGAGAAUGUGAGGGAGGUGUUCUUUAUUAUGAACCCUGAUGGGGAGCAGCUGCAGCAGAUUACGGAGCUGAUUGAGGAGGGGAAGUGUCGUCCGAGGGUGGACAGCGUGUGGCCGCUGGAGCAUGCCAGGGAGGCGUUUGCCAGACUGGAUGGGGGGCAUGCCCGGGGAAAGAUCGUGUUUGAUUUGUCCUUGAAUCAGUAA